CGUCGGCAACACGUCGAUCUCGAACCUCGUUGGCAGAAAGCGCGAGUCCGCUAGACGAGUCCAGCAAUCCUCUCGCGUCGCCCAAAUCCUCAAGGCCAGAAUCGGUGGCGCCUUCGUGUCGAGCUGCUGCCUGGAAUUCGCAAGAAAGAACCGUUACACGGCGCGUCCCGUCCCGUCCCGUCCGAGAGCGACGAGUUCGAAUUGUGCUCCGCCGCCCGCUCACGUCGUGCUUUUGCUCUGAGAGGAAGGCGUGAGCGCGGUGGCCAUGGCGGCGGCAGCAGCUGCCCUGCAAUCCACGGCUGCCGUUUGUUCGGCAGCUCGUCCGCUGCUUUCUGAUUCCCGAGCUCGCCAGAAUUUCAGCUCCACGAGACGGGUGACCUGCACAUCUUCAUCCGGACUGAAGCUCGGGUCGUCUCAACCGACGAGUGAACGCUCACGAGACGAGCCCUCCCUUUGCCUCUCCCGAGCGUCCACUUCUGCCAGCGGAAGGUUGAAAGUAUCUGCAGUCAAAGGCUCAGAAGAGUUUGUAGUACAAACAACUGAAAUGACGACCUCUCCUGGUGCGUCCCCAUUGUCGAUGACUUACCUCGAGGGAAACUCAUGGCUCUGGGAGAUCCUGGGCUUGAAGGUACUGAUCGAUCCAGUGCUGGUAGGCAACUUGGACUUCGGUAUUCCACUCUUGUAUGAUGCCGCGAAGAAAUCAUUACGUGAAUUUAAGCUGGAGGACUUGCCAGAACUGGACUGUCUUCUCAUCUGUCAAGGCUACGACGACCAUUGUCACGAGAAGACUUUGGAGCCUUUGUCGCAGCUGAAGCCCAAUCUGCGAGUCAUAUCUUCUCCUAACGCUGAGCCAAUCUUGAGCAAGUACUUCAAAAAUGUCACUUACCUAGAACCUAAAACUGGUGAAAGCACAACUCUGAAAGCAAGCAAUGGCUCGGUUGUCAGAAUAAGGGCAUCACCAGGUCCAAUCCUAGGUCCUCCAUGGCAACGACCUGAGAGCGGGUACUUCAUAGAAGUCGAGGAGCCAAAGUUCAGCAUCUACUACGAGCCUCACUGCAUAUUUGAGAAUGCUAGUCUAGAGGGUCAAAGCGCGGACGUGCUUGUUACCCCCGUGAUUCAGCAAGUUCUUCCGGGAUACGUUCUGGUGUCUGGCCAGGAAGACGCUGUCAAAGUUGCCGAAUACUUGAAACCAAAGUUCGUUGUGACAAUGAAGAAUGGAGAUUUGGACAGCAAAGGUUUGCUGUCGAUGAUUGUGCGGCAGAAGGGUACUAACGAGACUUUUCAGGAGUUGCUGUUCAAAAAGCUUCCCAAUACCGAAGUUUUGAAUCCGUCUCCCGGAGUUCCGAUGGUAAUACCAAUUAAGUCAUGAGAUGGUCUGUAUCAUAGAAUAUCACCUUAGUCUGAAAUGUUUGUAAAUGAUCAGUUUGCCACAAUAUGGGUGUCUAGACACUGGGCAAAGUGCACGCACGGAUGCUUCAAUGGGAGAAACGUGUAACAAAGUAAUAAAUACCGGCCAUCUUUGUCGAGCCUCUAUUUGCC